CUCUCGGUAUUGGUAUUGCUGUUGGUAGCUGAUUGUCGUCCUGAUUUCACCGUCGUCCGUGGUUGAUUUCAGUGCAACUCUCCUGUGAACGCCAGAAAGAUGUCGUAUCCGAGUUCGAUGAGCGCCAGGGCGGCGCACAAAGAGCACGUCCUCGCCGUGUCGCGCGAUUUCGUCUCGCAGCCACGUCUGACCUACAAGACAGUCUCGGGUGUCAACGGCCCACUGGUAAUCCUCGACGAUGUAAAGUUCCCCAAAUACGCUGAAAUCGUGCAGCUGAAGCUCGCCGAUGGGACUUUGCGCUCGGGUCAGGUGCUUGAAGUCAGCGGCUCCAAAGCCGUCGUUCAAGUAUUCGAAGGCACAUCCGGUAUUGAUGCAAAAAACACGCACUGCGAAUUCACCGGAGACAUCCUCCGCACGCCUGUAUCCGAAGACAUGCUCGGUCGUGUCUUCAACGGCUCAGGAAAACCCAUCGACAAAGGCCCACCAAUCCUCGCCGAGGAUUUCCUGGACAUUCAAGGUCAACCUAUUAAUCCAUGGUCGCGUAUCUACCCCGAGGAGAUGAUCCAAACUGGCAUUAGCGCUAUUGAUGUGAUGAACUCAAUCGCGCGUGGGCAGAAGAUUCCGAUCUUCUCCGCUGCGGGUCUGCCGCACAACGAAAUCGCCGCGCAGAUCUGUCGUCAAGCCGGUCUUGUAAAAGUCUCUGGGAAAUCAGUCCUGGAUGAUCACGAGGAUAACUUCGCUAUUGUCUUUGCUGCCAUGGGUGUUAACAUGGAAACUGCAAGAUUCUUCAAACAGGAUUUCGAGGAGAAUGGUUCCAUGGAGAAUGUUUGUCUGUUUUUGAAUUUGGCUAAUGAUCCGACUAUCGAGCGUAUUAUUACGCCGCGUUUGGCGCUGACAGCUGCGGAAUUCUUGGCGUAUCAAUGCGAGAAGCAUGUUUUGGUUAUCCUGACUGAUAUGUCUUCGUAUGCGGAGGCUUUGCGUGAGGUGUCAGCCGCUAGGGAGGAAGUACCCGGUCGUCGUGGUUUCCCUGGUUACAUGUACACUGAUUUGGCGACGAUUUAUGAACGUGCUGGGCGUGUUGAAGGCCGAAAUGGGUCGAUUACGCAGAUUCCGAUCUUGACUAUGCCUAACGAUGAUAUCACCCAUCCUAUUCCUGAUUUGACCGGGUAUAUUACCGAGGGGCAGAUUUACGUGGAUCGCCAGUUGCAUAACCGGCAGAUCUACCCGCCGGUUAACGUGUUGCCUAGCUUGUCGCGUUUGAUGAAAUCGGCUAUCGGGGAGGGGAUGACACGUAAGGAUCAUUCGGAUGUUUCUAACCAACUUUAUGCGUGUUAUGCUAUUGGUAAAGACGUGCAGGCAAUGAAAGCCGUGGUUGGUGAGGAAGCCCUCACACCUGAUGAUCUUCUGUAUUUGGAGUUCCUCACCAAGUUUGAGAAGAAUUUCAUCACGCAAGGUAACUACGAGAACCGCACCGUCUUCGAGUCGUUGGAUAUCGGCUGGCAGUUGCUGCGUAUCUUCCCCAAGGAGAUGCUGAAGCGUAUUCCGGCGACCACGCUCGCUGAAUUCUACCCGCGAGACUCGCGUCACUAAAUUUCAUCCACACACAACACACACACACAGCGUUUGAAACAUGAGAAACCUAAGUAAUACAAUAAGUAGAUACGUUUUAGUGCAGUUGCGCGGGCGAGUUGUAAAAUGUAAGUGUAAGUAAUGUAAUUACAAAACAAAACCGAAAAAAAAAAACCAGCGACGAUUUUCAUCUGCAAAUGUCUUCAACAUUCAACCAUAUAUUAAUUACUUAGUCUACCAGUGGAUGAGUUCGUGUACAGAUUGAUAUUGUUUAUAGGUUUGUUGUUAGUUUGUAUAUUGUUAGCUGAAGACACACGCGACACAGAGAUUUUAUUGUAUUUAACAUUCCAGGCGAGCUGCAAGCGAUUUCUGUGUUUUUUUUUUGGAGAGCAGAUUUUGUUCAAAUCGGAAACUUUGUUCUCUGUCAGUAUUUUUGAUUCACACCGUAUACUAACAGCGUUGUUUCGAUGUGUGCAAUAAUGAGAGGCGGUUUUCGAUAAUAAUUCGCGGUCAUAUAUGUAUGUUAUUGUAAUAUGAUGCAGUUUGCUAAUUUUAAUUGUAAUCUAUGAAAUGAGAUGUUAACUUACCAAUGUUAGUAGCCAUCGUACUUGUAGUUCAAUGAAUAAAAGUAUGAAUAUUGCUUCAA